CCUUAAAAUUUCUAUUUUCACCCGUUCAAAACUCCCUCUCUUGGCCUCUCGCUCAUUUCUUAAUCUUCUUAAUUUGAGACUCUUCUUGCUGAAGAAAUCCAAGGAAAAUUUGCGAUGAAUUUGGGUGCGGAAGGAGACCCUCAAGAGCGUGCUAUCACAUUAUUUGUGUUGCUUCUCUGUGCUUGUAUUGUAAUUGGUCAUCUUCUUGAGGAAAGUCGUUGGAUUAACGAAUCAGUCACUGCCCUUUUCAUUGGCCUUUUAACUGGAACUUUCAUCUUGUUAACAAGCAGUGGCAGACACUCUCGCAUCCUAGUGUUUAAUGAAGAGCUUUUCUUCAUUUAUGUUCUUCCACCUAUAAUAUUUAAUGCUGGGUUUCAGGUGAAAAAGAAACAGUUCUUCCGAAAUUUUCUGAUGAUCAUGUUGUUCGGUGCUGUUGGUACUGUGAUCUCAUUUCUCAUUAUAUCAUUAGGUUCACUCAAUUUAUUCAAGACAUUGGACCUUGGCUACUUAGAAGUGGGUGAUUAUUUUGCCCUAGGAGCAAUCUUUUCGGCCACAGAUAGUGUUUGCACGUUGCAGGUGCUUGAUCGGGAUGAGACUCCUUUUCUGUAUAGUCUAGUCUUUGGUGAAGGCGUUGUUAAUGAUGCUACCUCCAUUGUACUUUUCAAAGCAAUCCAGAGGUUUGACCUCUCCCACAUCACCUCAACCAAUGCUUUUGAGCUUCUUGGAAGUUUUCUCUAUUUAUUCUUCGCAAGCAGCUCGUUGGGAGUAUUGGUUGGGUUGGCCAGUGCAUUCAUCAUAAAGAAACUAUACUUUGGCAGGCACUCGACUGAUCGUGAGGUUGCCUUGAUGAUUUUAAUGCCUUACCUUUCCUAUAUGAUUGCUGAAUUGUGCAAUCUUAGUGGUAUUCUUACCGUGUUCUUUUGUGGGAUUGUCAUGUCUCAUUAUACGUGGCAUAAUGUGACUGAAAGUUCAAGAGUUACCACCAAGCAUGCUUUUGCAACAUUCUCAUAUGUUUCAGAGAUUUUCAUCUUCUCAUAUGUUGGUAUGGAUGCUUUGGAUAUUGAGAAGUGGAGAAUUGUUCGCCAAAGGCUUUGGAUAUUGGCUCGAGUGAGUCUGGUACUGCUAGGUUUAGUCCUUGUUGCAAGAGCAGCUUUUGUAUUUCCACUCUCUUUUAUAUCCAACUUGACUAGAAAGUCUGAGAGUGCCAAAAUUGGGUUUAAGCAGCAGGUUACAAUUUGGUGGGCUGGGCUUAUGAGAGGUGCUGUGUCACUGGCACUUGCUUACAAUCAGUUCGCAAAUUCAGGCCACACGCAACUGCAAGGAAAUGCGAUCAUGAUUACUAGCACAAUCACAAUUGUUCUCUUUACUAAUGUGGUAUUUGGGCUGUUAACUAAGCCUAUUGUAAGAUGCAUGCUUCCACCUAGUCAUAGACAGAUAGAUGGUACAAUGGAAGCAGAAUCUCCACCGAAGUCGCUUGUUCAUCCUCUUUUGCACAACGAUGAGGAUCCCGGGUCCGAUGCUGGAGGAUCGAACAUUCCCCGUCCACCCAGCCUACGUAUGCUGUUGACAACUCCAACUCGUUCGGUCCAUUACUAUUGGCGAAUGCUCGAUGAUCGAUACAUGCGUCCUAUUUUCGGUGGAAGAGGUUUUGUACCUUUCAUCCCUGGUUCACCAACUUAAAUGUAUAUCCACUGAUGGCAGAUUCUAUAGAAAAAAACAUGAAAUAUGAUGUAAUCUAGCUGUUCUUAGAAUAACGAGAGAAAAAGGAAAGCUAUAGAGUAUCACAACUUGAAGAUGGAUCAAAGUUAGUGUGUAUAUUGUUUAUAGGACAGUGGAAGGGGAUGCUGAUAUUGCAAGAACAAGAGAAAAAAAGGAGUAUCAUAAUUAGAAGAUGGGUAAAAAUUUGUGUGUAUAAGGUUUAUAGGACAAUAUAAUGCAGUGAUGAGUAUAAUUUGUUUGCUUGUUUUUUUUUUUUUUUUGGAUAAAAGAUUAGUAUAAUUCGUUUAUACACAUUAUCCACCUAUU